AUGUUUCUCUUCGGUCUGGGGAAGCUGGUCUACGUGAUCAUCCUGAUCAUCAACGCCAUCGCCGUCCUCUCCGAGGAUCGCUUCCUAGCUCGCAUCGGAUGGGGUCGCACACAAGCAGAGCCAGCCUUUGGCUCGGCCCACGAUAGCACAAGCGUCAAGGCCAAGACCAUCAACCUGAUCGCCAGUGUGCGAACAGUCAUGCGAAGUACGUACACCCCGCCAGCGCCAUUCCCAGUCCCGCCUCCGACUCCAAUUCAAGCUAUAUUCCUCGGUCGAGCAGUCCCAGCGCCGCGCGACAUGCUAUCCCGAUCCCGGCGAGGAAGUUCACUAGCUAACAGUCCCUCCAAUUUAGUACCCUUGAUCGUCAUAAACACAGUCAUUAUUGUGUACGAACUGAUCCUCGGAUAA